AUGCGAUGCGCGAGCAAGGCCGCCGAGAGCUCGUCUGCACGUCUCUGUGCGGACGCCGAAGCAGAAACAACAGCAACUGAUGUCCCAUCGGUUGCUGAAGCGACCCAGCCUGUGUCACUUGGUGACGCAGGCGCUGGUCAUGAAGACACUCGUGUCUUCACAGAGUACGAGCUCGGUGUCUCGUACUCUCCUGAUACGGAUGACGGAUCCGUAUCAACGGCAAUUGAAUCUAAGCCGCCUGCCAAGCGUGGCAUGGACGAUGCUUUGCGUCGCAGCAUCUUUGGUUCAUCUGAUGAGUCAGAUGAACCAUCGCCGAAGCGAAGGCGCUCGAGGUCGCGAGAUUCGGGCGCUAAUAGUGGUGUCGGUUCUCCAAUGACACCACUUCACAGCGAGGUGCCAGUACUUCUGUAG